UUUGCCAACCGCCAAUCAAAUCAGAAGAAGAAGAAGAAGAACAUACUAAAAUAAGCAGCAGAAGCUCCACGAAGGGACGUUGAACAUUUUCUCCCAAGAUUUUCGAAUUAGAUUGCCAAAACGUCGUACGCAAUGAGAGGAGACCGCGGAAGGGGCCGGGGAGGCCGCUUCGGUUCCCGGGGAGGACUGGUCCAGGGGUACCGUCCAUUUGUCCCACACAUCCCAUUUGAUUUUUAUGUGUGUGAGAUGGCCUUUCCCAGAGUGAAACCUGCUCCUGAUGAGACGGCUUUCAACGAGUGUUUGCUGAAGAGAAACCAGGACCUGAGCCCCACACCUGCUGAGCAGUCCUCCAUCUUGUCCCUGGUCACUAAGAUCAAUAAUGUUAUCGACAACCUGAUUGUUGCACCCGGCAACUUUGAAGUGCAAAUUGAAGAGGUACGACAGGUGGGCUCUUACAAGAAGGGCACCAUGACAACAGGACACAACGUUGCUGACCUGGUGGUAAUCCUCAAGAUUCUCCCGACACUGGAGGCAGUUGCUGCUCUGGGAAACAAAGUAGUGGAGACCCUUCGCACACAGGACCCUGCUGAAGUGCUGUCAAUGCUGACCAAUGAGACAGGCUUCGAGAUCAGUUCAGCUGAUGCCACCGUCAAGAUCCUCAUCACAACCGUUCCUCCCAACCUGCGCAAGCUGGACCCUGAGCUGCACUUGGACAUUAAGGUGCUGCAGAGUGCGCUCGCUGCCAUCCGCCAUGCCCGCUGGUUUGAGGAGAACGCCUCUCAGUCAACGGUCAAAGUGCUGAUCCGCCUGCUGAAGGACCUGAGGCUUCGCUUCCCUGGUUUUGAACCCCUUACUCCCUGGAUCCUGGACUUGCUGGGCCACUCUGCAGUGAUGAACAACCCAUCCAGGCAGCCCCUGUCCCUGAAUGUGGCCUACAGGCGCUGCCUGCAGAUGCUGGCUGCUGGUCUCUUUCUACCUGGCUCUGUGGGCAUCACUGACCCCUGUGAGAGUGGAAACUUCAGAGUGCACACUGUCAUGACUCUAGAACAGCAGGACAUGGUGUGUUUCACAGCUCAGACUCUGGUGAGGGUGCUUUCUCAUGGAGGAUACAGGAAGAUCCUUGGCCUGGAGGGAGAUGCCAGCUACCUGGCAACGGAGAUGUCUACAUGGGACGGUGUGAUCGUCACCCCAUCAGAGAAGGCCUAUGAGAAACCUCCAGAGAGGAAGGAGGAGGAAGAUGAAGCGUUGGAGGAGGGAGGAGAUGGAGAGGAUGAGAGCAUGGAGACCCAGGAGUGAUGAGCUCAGUGAGUAUUGGUUGUUGAUGAGGAACUCCUCCCUGGGCAGAGACAGCAGCAGGAAGUGUUAGACUUGAAGGCCACUGGUCCCAUGAUGUGAACAGAGAGAACGCCUCAUUUUUUUUAUUGUACUGGUUUUACUUUGCCUGUGUUGUUUGUACCUCCUUUUUGUAUUAGUUAAUAAAGAUUUUUUUUUUAUUUAA